CUUUUUUUUUAAGUUGUCAAAAAGAAAAAAGUAGCUAAACUUAUCUUUUCGGCAUAUACUGGCGGCGAAAACAAAAGAGAGAGAGAGAGAGAGCAUAUACAAAACAAAAAAAAACACCCUAGCCAAAGUUGGAGAAGAAAGAAGAAAAUGGAGCAGUCUUAUGUGUAUGCUUACCCACCAGGCACGGCUCCACAGCCUCCACAAGGCGGUGGCAUCGCCGGAGUGAUAGUGGAUCCAAGGUUCUGUGCUCCGUAUCCCGUGGAUCUGGCGAUCGUGCGGAAGAUGAUGACGCUGACUGACGGUAACUUCGUUAUAACGGACGUUAACGGGAACUUGCUGUUCAAGGUGAAGGAGCCGGUGUUUGGUCUUCAUGACAAGAGGGUUUUAUUGGAUGGUUCUGGAUCUCCUGUCUUGACUUUGAGAGAGAAGAUGGUGAGCUUGCACGACAGGUGGCAAGUAUUUAGAGGAGGGAGUACGGAGCAGCGUGAUCUGCUGUACACGGUUAAGAGAUCGUCGAUGCUUCAGUUUAAGACCAAACUCGAUGUGUUUUUGAGUCACAAUAAGGAUGAGAAGAGAUGUGAUUUUAGGGUCAAAGGGAGCUGGUUCGAGCGCUCUUGUGUCGUCUAUGCCGGCGAAUCUGACGCCAUCGUUGCCCAAAUGCACAAGAAGCACACGGUGCAGAGCGUAUUCUUGGGAAAAGACAAUUUCUCGGUGACUGUUUAUCCAAACGUGGACUAUGCCUUCAUUGCCUCUCUCGUCGUCAUUCUCGAUGAUGUUAACCGAGAAGACCGUGCCGCAGGCAGCAGCUGAUCAGAUCAGACGUGUGUGUGUUGUGUGUGUGUGUGUGUGUGUGUGUGUGUGUGUGAGAGAGAGAGAGAGAGAGAGAGAGAGAGAGAGAGAGAGAGAGAGAGAGAGAGAGAGAGAGAGAGAGAGAGAGAGAGAGAGAGAGAGAGAGAGAGAGAGAGAGAGAGAGAGAGAGAGAGCUUGCUCGCUCGCUUGCUCACUUAUUAGUUAUGCUUUUGGCUUUGUAUUGUACCUAUAUUCUCUAAACUUUGCACUUUGGAAGGUGGACUUGUUCUUUGUGUGAUCUAUCCAGUUGUAAAAUAAUACAAAUGUAAGUAUCGUUAGCCGUCA